AUGCUCUGAGACACAGGACGGACUCGGACUUCACUCCUGUAGGCCUAUUUUAUUUGGCGACCUGCAGGUUAUUUUAUUUGGUCUGAGCAUCGCCGCCGGAGCGCAGCGGGAGCAGGACAGCCUCACAGCCUCAGGAUGAAUGUACCUGCCGUCAUGUUGCUCAUCCACUUGACCCACAUUCACUUGAAAGCUCUGGAGACCAGCUGGGUGGAAGGAGGGGUUAGAUGCCCUCUUGGCCAAUUCCCAUGUGGAAACACGAGUGAGUGCCUCCCUCAAGUUUUGCAGUGUAAUGGACACAAAGACUGUCCCAAUGGAGCUGAUGAGAGACAGUGUGGGGACAACAUCGGAUGGGCAGAUUUAUUUGCCCGCACACUACAGAAGACUAACCCUGUGGACCAGUACUUCCUCAAUGAGUGUUUAUUGCAGGAGUUUCCAGAGAGCUGUGACUGCAUACAGACAGAUGUUGAGUGUGUGGAGGUCAGCCUGCAGGAUGUUCCGUCGCUCUCGCCAAAUGUUACCUGGCUGUCCCUGAGGAGCAAUGAGAUCCGAGUGUUGUCCGAUUUUGUUUUCUCAGAAUACUCUGCCUUGGAGAGACUGUUUCUGCAGAACAACAGCCUCCACUUCAUAUCUAAGCAUGCAUUCAGCGGUCUGCACAAUCUAAAGAGGUUGUUUCUCAGUGAGAACUUAAUCUCCUUCCUCAGUCCCGGUGUGUUCGGGGAUCUAAAUCAAUUGGAGUGGCUGAUGUUGGACCAUAACCCGCUAAGCAGCUUGUCCCAGGACACCUUCACUGGGCUCCAGUCUCUCAUGUAUUUGUCCAUGGUGAACACUUCACUGCAGCAGCUUCCUCAUCCAAGCUUCUGUCAACACAUGCCUGCCUUGGACUGGCUGGAUCUUGAGGGAAACCAGAUUCAAACUCUUAACUACUCUAUCUUAAAGUCAUGCAGCAAGCUUGAAGUUUUGUUACUGAUAGACAACAGGAUUAGGACAAUUCCCGAAAACACCUUCCAGUCUCUGUGGAAGCUGGCCGAACUGGAUCUGUCUAGGAACAGGAUUAGGGAGCUGCCGAAAAACACCUUCAAGAGUCUCUCCAAAUCCCUCCUUAAACUAAAUAUCUCCCAUAAUCCUCUCCUCCGCAUUCAUCCAAGCCAUUUCCACCACCUGACACAUCUUCAGUCUCUAGCGCUGGAGGGAAUUGAGAUCGCAGAUAUUCAGACUAAGGUGUUUCUUCCCAUGAAGAACCUCUCCCACAUCUAUUUCAAGAAGUUUCAGUACUGUUCCUAUGCACCUCAUGUGAGGUCCUGUAAACCCAACACAGAUGGCAUCUCUUCUUUUGAGGACCUCCUGGCUAACACGGUGCUGCGGGUGUCUGUCUGGGUCAUGGCCCUCAUCACCUGCUUCGGUAAUCUGUUUGUCAUCGGCAUGAGGUCGCUGAUUCGUGCUGAGAACAACCUGCAUGCUGCCUGCAUCAAAGUUCUCUGCUGUGCUGACUGCCUCAUGGGCGUGUACCUAUUUUUUGUUGGCGUAUCUGAUGUAAAAUUUCGCGGUCAGUACAACCGUAACGCCCUGCUGUGGAUGGAAAGUGCGGAGUGUCGGACCAUUGGAUUCCUGGCCAUGCUCUCCUCAGAGGUGUCUGUUCUCCUCCUGACCUACCUGACUCUGGAGAAGUUCCUUGUCAUUGUUUUUCCUUUUAGCAAUUUGCGCCCAGGCAAAUUUCAGACAGGGGUGGUCCUGGCUUCGAUCUGGCUGCUGGGGUUUAUUAUUGCAGCCGUGCCCCUAAUGAAUGAGGACGUCUUUGGGAACUACUAUGGACGUAAUGGGGUCUGCUUUCCCCUGCACUCUGACAGGCAAGAAAAACCUACUGCCAAAGGAUAUUCCACAGGGAUUUUUCUGGGUCUAAACCUGGUGGCUUUCCUGGUGAUUGUAUUCUCCUACUCCAGUAUGUUCUGCUCCAUCUAUAAAACCGGCAUCAAUGCCACCGACCUGAGGAGCGGACUGCACAGAGAUGUGGCUGUGGCCAACAGGUUUUUCUUCAUCGUGUUCUCUGAUGCCCUCUGCUGGAUUCCUAUAUUUUUGGUGAAAGUCCUCUCGCUGCUGGAGGUGGAGAUCCCUGGCACUAUCUCCAGCUGGGUUGUCAUCUUCAUCCUUCCCAUCAACAGUGCCUUGAACCCCAUCCUGUACACCUUGACCACCAGCUUCUUCAGAGAGCAAGUGGAAGUUUUACUCUGUCACUGGCAGAGGAGACAUAAUACUCCUCUGCCAGGAGGAGUGUUAUGUCUGAAGAAAGACCGCAAAAGCCUUACGUCGUCCACAAUCUUUAUGGAUACGUCACGGGGUCUGUGCUACCAGCCACCCGUUUACCUCCAGCAGGUGUCACUUAUAAGCACAGAUCCUUGCUAUGCCUGAUGAUGUAUUUGUAAAGAUACAGCAUUUUGUAAGCUACUAGUCCUUUUUUAUUGUUUUAGUCCAUCUUUAAGAACAAAGCGUGCUUCAACAAGACUUCAACACACUUUUGCUUGGAAAUAAUUAGCAGUCACUGUGCCGUCUCAUCACGCUCUGACAUUUAUAAACUGUGAUGACAACCCCAGAAACACACGCCAACCACCCUCAACAGAUGACUGUCUGAUCAUGCCAUUCAAGCUCCUUGUUGACUUUAUAUUUGCAAUGAAAUUUGAAAUGAAACCAUUUCCAUUUAUUCACUCACUUUCUUCCUUCCUUCUUCAUAAGGUGAUACAAGUACAUCCUGGAGAGUCAUGUAGAGGCAGACAUCCACCAGUGUUCACAUUCACACCCACAUCCAGGAUAGAAUCACCAAAUAUCCUAGCAUGAACAUAUUUGGACCCAAAUACAAAUAGUACCCAAAGAGAGCCCAUGCAGGCCAGACCUUUUUGCUUCGAGGCAAAAGACCUAACUACUGUUGCACUUUACCACUUGAAUUAAUAAAAUAUAACAAACAUAAUAUAAAAAUUCAAGAUCUUACAACUGGUCCAGUCAUAAUUUAGAACAUAUACUGUUAAUGUCAAGCCAUCCUGAGGAUGGCACAGACCAUAAAAUGGGUGUCAAACAUAGGGCCCAGGGGCUAGAAUUGGCCAGGCAAAAACUCUAGUCCCAAUGGACUGCUUUGGGGAAAUUGAAGGAGAUCAUAAAUCUUGGACUUUUUACCAUACUUUCAUAAGUUUUACAGCUUUUUUCUACUGAUAAAGACCACGCUCCCCACUUCCUCCCAGUGAAAACAGAACUUUUCCUGGAAAUUCUUUUUUAAUGAUAGGACAGUCUGGGCAAUGAGCUACCAAAACUUUUUAUGUAAUUUUACACAUUUAUUUCUUACUGUCAAAAGCCCAAAAAGUCAUUCUGACAGAUUUCUUUUUAUUUACUUACAGCAGCAUUUCUUUAUCACGUAAAGGGAGAUGCCCAAUUUAAAUUGCACUUUUUAUUAAUCUGUUAAGAUGAGGGAUUAACUGUGCAGUUAACUUCUUUAAAACAAUAGAAAAGCGCAUUUCAGUUAAGAUGAAAAUGAGCUAUAUGUGGCUCUUAUGUAAAAUGAGUUUGACAUCCCUGCUUUAAAAUUCCUGAAGUCUAUCAAGAAAAGUGUUUAGAUGACUCUUGUAAAAUACACACAUAGAUCCUAAACAGUCACUGUGGUGAACUUUUUAUGAAGUUUAGAAGCUGUGGGACAAACACAGAGAGACUGACAAAUAUCAGUGGCAUAAUAUUAAUGAAGAACAUAUUUUAUAUAGAGAACUAUCCAGUUAAUCUCUUCUUACCUACUGGUUUCUUUUUUUUCUUGCCCUUUAAUUCCUCCAUGCCCAUCACUUUUUGGGUGUUUAUCAGAUUGUUUAACUAUCCUCAUAAUUCUUGCUUUCAUGUCAUAUUCUUCCAUUCCAUGUACUGUAUCUGCUUUGACUGAACUAAUGUUGAAACUGAACCAAUAUGCUGCAGGCUCUUUGUGCCAUAGUCAUGCUGUUUAAAAGAACUGCUCUGAACUCUUCAUUUCACUGACAACUGGAUGAAAGCAUUUUGUACACGUAUGUCAUAUUACAUGUAAAUAACGAACUGACAAAUGAGGAGACUGAAUUGCGACACUCUUAACAUCUGAGACUUUGGAGAUGGACUUUUCCAGAUUUCUUUUAUGUUUUGAUGACUCUGACUUUUUUUUUUUUAUCAGUGCACCAAUGUACCUUUAAAAGCUCCUUUAACUUAGUGACAAUCAUUAAACGUGGAGGAGUUUAGACACUGAUGACAUGAAAAGGAAAGCUGGACAGAUAAAUAAAAAUAGCUGUUUAAUGCUUGCAUACAUUUCUCAUUAAUAUGCCAAGCAAUGGAAUCCUAACAAGGCCCUUAUUUCCUGUUAUGCUGUAU